AUGUCCCUCGCCUCCUGCCUAGCCCCUCCCCCUCCGCGGCUCCCGGGUGGUAGGGUUGGGCCCUCACCCCCUCCCCCCUCCUCGCUCGGAUUCGGGCCUAGCAGGGCUGCUCCCGCCACGGGACGGAGGCUGGUUCACACCUCGUGCUUCAGGCAGGGGCAGGAUGGGCCAGCGGCAUCUGAUGAUGGCACCGGCUUCAGGUACAUUGGGCGGGUGGAGAUGUCAGGGGACAAGGAGGUGAAGGGGGGAGAGGGUGGGAGCUCCAACGAGGAGGAGCAGAAUUAUGGAAAUAGAGAUUUGUUCGUUAUUUUGCUCAAGAUAAAGGAAAAUCUACAGGAAAGAGUAACCAGAUUCUGGAAUGAACGCUGGAUGGUACCUUGGACUGGACAAACUAUUGCCCAGGUCAUGUUUUUGUGGAUUGCCACAUUUUGGCUCGUGGGUUCCUGGAUAGUGCCAUUCUUGGCUCAUGCUGCUGGCUUUAGCAAGGAAACAUUGACGCACAGGGGGCAAGCAUUAUAUAGCCUUGUGACGGACAUUACUGAAGGCCUUGCUGGGAUUGCUAUCAUUCACCAGUGCCUUGGUAGAUUCCGUCCCCUUCCUCAAGGUUGGUUUGAGUUCAAAUUGAAGGGCAGAUGGCAUUGGGAUGUAGCAUUGGGAUGUCUGCUAUUCCCAUUGGUUAAUUUGCUUUCUCACAUCAAUAUCAGCCUAGUUCAUAUGUCGUCAGGGCCAGUCGUCGGGAUAUCCAGUGUAGAGCAAUCCAUUGUUGCCCGUGACCCAGUGGCGAUGGCCUUAUAUGCUGUGGUAGUCACUGUGUGUGCACCUAUAUGGGAAGAGAUUGUGUUCCGUGGUUUCCUUCUCCCAUCUCUAACACGAUACAUGCCUCUUCCAUGUUCGAUCCUGGUAAGUGCCGCAGCAUUUGCGCUGGCGCACUUCAACAUUCAAAGGGUAUUGCCGUUGAUAUUUCUUGGUGUUGUGAUGGGAGGUGUCUUUGCCAGGUCACGCAACCUAUUGGCAUCGAUGGUGCUUCAUAGCCUUUGGAACGGUUUUGUAUUCUUGGAUCUGAUGAAGUGAGCUAUGCAGAUAUUAUUGUUGUCCAGCUUUUGAUA